AACGUAUUAUUUUUGGUGAUUGCGAAACUGUCAAACAGGUCGCAGAUGAGAUGAUUUCAUGUAAUUUCCAAUAAAUUCUGCAAUUAUUUUAUGUUUAUUCCAUAUUUCAUUUCAUUUAUUUGAUAAAAGUGCCUUUUAAUCAUCCAAGGGUCACUCAAAUUAAGCUGUGUCUAUUGUGUUUGUGUUGUUAAAAAAUGGAAGAUAUAUUUCAGUGGUGUAGGGAAGGAAAUGCCUUGCAGGUGCGAGUUUGGCUUGAUGAUACCGAACAUGAUAUGAAUCAAGGAGAUGACCAUGGCUUCAGUCCACUGCACUGGGCCUGCAAGGAGGGCCACCUCAAAAUUGUGGAGAUGCUCAUCCGCCGUGGUGCCAGGAUCAAUGUCACCAACAUGGGAGAUGACACUCCACUGCAUCUAGCAGCUGCUCAUGGCCACAGACCUAUUGUACAGUUGUUGCUCCAAAACCGCGUGGAUGUAAACUUCACAAACGAGCAUGGCAACUCGCCGCUGCACUACGCUUGCUUCUGGGGUUACAGCGCCAUUGCUGAAGACUUGUUAAUGGCCGGCGCUCUUGUGUCGCUCGCUAAUAAGGAUGGAGACACACCGCUUGAUAAGACUAGGGGACAGCUUGUGCAGAGACUGCACGAGCUAGCAACUCAACAAGGUCAAGAUCUAAAGAAGAUCCAGUUCAAGGACCAGUCGUGGCUGGGCUUGAAGACCCGCAGCCGUGAUGCUACCCUGUCCCGUCAUAAAGGCAUCAAUAUCAACGAGCUCUCUUUACAUACUAGGAUCGCUGUUACUCCUUCAGGCGAGACAUGGCGCGGGCGCUGGCAGAAGAACGACAUCGUAGCCAAGAUCCUCGCCGUCCGCGAGUGUACGCCGCGCAUACAGCGAGACUUCAACGAGGAGUUCCCCAAGCUCAGGAUAUUCUCGCAUCCUAAUAUAUUGCCUGUGGUUGGCUGCUGCGUCUCCCCACCCUCCUUGGUAGUAAUAUCUCAAUACAUGUCGUGGGGCUCCUUACACUCGCUGCUGCACGGCGGCGGCGCGGGCGGCGGCGCCGGAGCCCUGGUGCUGGACGCCACGGCAGCCGCCCGACUGGCCCAUGACGUGGCCAGGGCGCUGCGGUACCUGCAUGCCUUGCAGACUGAUAAAAUACUGCCCAGCUAUGCGUUGAAUAGCAAGCAUAUUAUGAUCGACGAGGAUCUAACAGCCCGCAUCAACAUGGCGGAUUCGAAGUUCUCAUUCCAAGAGAAGGGCCGCGUGUACGCGCCCGCGUGGAUGGCGCCCGAAGCCUUACAGAAGCCGCCGUCUAAGAGGAACCUGGAGGCUGCCGAUAUGUGGAGCUUCGCUAUACUGCUGUGGGAACUUGCUACUAGAGAGAUUCCAUUCGCGGACCUAUCUCCAAUGGAGUGCGGUAUGAAGAUAGCUCUCGAAGGUCUACGCGUCACCAUCCCGCCAGGCAUCUCCCCCCACAUCGCUAAACUCAUCAAGAUCUGCAUGAACGAGGACCCCGGCAAACGACCCACCUUCGAAAUGGUUAUACCUAUUCUAGAGAAGAUGAAACGCUGAGAAAAAUUAUAUAAGUACUUUAUUUUACACCAUUUUUUGGCGAAAAUUUAGUCCAGAGCAAUAGCCAUAUUUUUUUUUUGUAUUUUCAAAACAGCUUCCACAAGGACUGGCCACAAAUAGCGAUCGAUAGGGAAAGAUGGAAGGCUAUGGGGACGGCCUUUGCCCAGCAGUGGGAUAACAUAGGCUAAAAAAAAAAAACAAAUUGAGUCUAGUAAUUAUUUUUAAAAAAUUGUUGACUUUUGUGACAUAUCCCACCCCUUAUAUAAUUUUGGCGUUAAAGUGUACACCUUAUAAAAAUUAAUAUUUAUACUUGGUUUUCCAUGGGCUGAAUCCAAGUAUUGUUUACUUAUAAAUAUUUUUAUUUACCAAAUCAAAUGUACAAUUAUGUGGCUUUUAUUUAUAUUUUUUGUGUUUAUAUGUAUUGAUGUUAAUUCCAUUGUGAGCUGACUGUAAGCUAAAUAAUUCUGUCUAUACUUUACAUAGACAAAUAUAAAAAAAUGUGCAACAGGUAAAUAUAAUUGAUCAGGUGCCAUGAAAUAAAUAUUAAGAUCAAUGACUCCCUAAUCAAUUUCAAAAACGUAUUCUAACUAUUCUUUUAAAAAUAUAUAUUUCUAAAAAAAUAAGUAUAUUAAUUUAAAAUAGAUUUAUAGAAGUUUUUUUACUCUGACGAGGUUUUUUUCACAUUAAUUUAUUGAUAGAGUAUUUAAACAUCACUAAAAUCUUUUUUAACUGCCAGUAUUUUAAGUGUUGUUUAUUACUUAGGUUGUGUUCUAAAAUAAACUUACUUUUUGGUUUUAAAAUAUACUAAAUUUUACAGAUAAGUAUUGCCUCAUGUUUAAACGGUGCUAAAAUGAAACUUUAUGAACGAGAAAUAUAUGAAAUAGAUUUAAGACAUGCAUUGUAUUGAAUACUAUUGUAAAACAUUAUCGGAAAAAAGAAUGUUUUUUGCAAUUUAUGCACUGAAAUCAGAUUAAGAAAAAAUUUGAAAUAUUCUCUUCCAAAUGCAUUUCAAUAAUAAUAUGUCUCGACUUAUCCACUAGAAUCUCUGUAAGACAUUGUGCAAUUUAUAAUAUCGUUGAGAUUAAUCGCUGUAUAUUGUAAUAAAAGGCAUCAUGUAGUAAUUGUAACUAAUUUUGUUAACGCUAUUGUGAAACGUGCCUUAUAACCCGGCCAAAUAACUUUAUUUGCCUUAUGACAUUGUAACCUUUAUAGAUAAGUGUAGAUUAUUAUUAUAUUUUUGAUGGCAAAUCAAUGUUACAACUUUCAUAAAGUUGUUUAAUAUACUAACGAUUUAGUAAUAUAUGUUUGUUUUAUUUACUUAUCACAUUGUUGUAAAAAACUUCAAAUUACUAAACUAACUUACAUGGUAUCAAACUCCUUAUUUAGGAUAUAAAUCCAAAAGUGAUUUUAUUAUACACUUUCAACCUAAAACGGCUGAUCUGAUUGCGAUAUAUGCGAUUGCACGGAGACGGAAAUAGCUCAAAUAGCUAGUAAACAAAUUAAAAUAAAUCGGUUGGCAGAGCACACCAACGUUGAUUUUAGUUUUAGCAUAAUUAUAACAUUUUAAUAUGAAGUACAUUAAGAAGUUCAUCAGAGGAGUACACAAGGGGAGUUUAUAAGGAAGAACAAGGGAAGUAUAUAAGGCUGUACAAAAGCGGAGUAAGUACAUAAGGAAAUACAUACCUACGGUACAUAAGGACGUUUAUAGAUAAGAAAAGAUAAGGGAUUACAUUAUAGGAGUACAUAAGGGGAAUACAUAAAAGGAGUAUAGAAGAAAGUACAUAAAGUUUUUGUCACCAUAGGGGAUACAGUCAUCCCGGGACGCGAUAUUUGGAUUUCUAUUACCUAGAUGGCGUCACAUAGCGGCACGGAAAUAGUUGUUUUUUAUUUUUCGAAAUGUAGCAACGGGGGCUUCCACAGUCUUCUUAAAAUUACAUUUAUCCUCGUAUAUGCCAGCAGAAUUCGCCCAUUUGCCGUAAAUUCUAAACAAAGCCGAAGCGAAAACUGGGCAGCCCUAAAAUAUUCGAAUGCAGGUAAAAAACCUGUCUAUGGUCUCGACUUGACGCUAUCAUACCAUGAUCAUAACCUAUCAUCGCUGACUUUCUGUCACUUCUGUCAAUGUCACUCACUGUCAAGACAAAAAGUAAACAUUUGCAUGUUACUGGCAAAUAAUAUUUAAUUAUUUAUAUUUGUAGUAAUAUAUCACUCAUUUUCGUCUUUUAAACAAAACUGCAAUGUACUAAAUGAGAGACAUCGAACUUUUUAAAUAUGGAGCCGGGUAAAACUGGAGCAGCGUCUAUUUUGCCUAAAAUCACAGACGUGGAAUGGAAACUGGAAGUAAUGACAAACACUCCGGGAGUUGGUACUGAAAACUUGCUUUAUACUGUGAUACUGAAGACGGACGGUGAAGAUAUCACAUUUACUUGCGGAAGCCAACAACUGCAAGACUUGGUGUAUAAGCUGAAGGACUUAGUGAGACACUGUGAAAAGGUUAAAAGUGAGAUUGUUUGAUGUUUCAUAGUUUUUAUUCGAUAAAUUACUUGUUUUAUAUUUGUGUCAUGUGGUGUAUAAUUUAAGCAGUUUAUAUUUUCCCAGAAGUAUUUUCUAAUAUAUGUAAUUCCAUGAUGUAAA